AUGUCUACGAACACUGCACCCCCAAUCGCUCCUUCAGACUCUAGUCUCAUCCCUAGACGCGAAUUCCAGCGCGAACAUCGCGACCCAUCAACGUUCUCCAUCCUCGCUUUCUCAGGCUCUGCCCAUAUCCGUCUCUACAGCUUUCCACCAGAAGUCACGGCAGGCGUGCGUGACCUGCUCGACCGCACGCGAGAGGUUGUAGGCCACAAGGAGGACGUGCUGCACAACUAUGUCGAGCUCGCCGUGUCGGAGAAGCCGUGGUCAAAUCCCAAGAGUUUGCCAACCGAGAAGUUGGUGCUCGAUCUCUUCGCCGUCCUUUGCAGGCAUGGCUUCGAAUUUCUGUCCACCCUCGACUACGGCCGCGAGCAGGAUGAUCGCGUGGUCAUGGCCUUUAUGCGGCCUGGUCACGUCUCCCCAAUCUAUACCCAGUCGCCGCCGAACAGCACCUCUGCUUUCAGCAGUAAAGCAUUUCUGCAGGGAAUGCAAUCCGGCCAGCAACUACACAACAGAGGGAAUACUGGCCAACAUAAUCAACAACUGUCUGGACAAAGCUCUACCUCGCUUCCGCAAUCGAACUAUCCGCCCACUCGCCCGCUUGUACAGGUUCCUUUCGCGAUAUCAUUCCCUAACGCCACCACACUCCGUGUCAUGUGUCCUCCUUUGUCCUCGACCCCAGCUAUCCUUCAGACCGUACGAAGUUCGUGGCCACGCGGUGUUGUGUCCGAGCGCAAGAUAGCGCCCGACAGCUGGGAGUUCAAGCUCAAAGGGUAUAAAUGGUUCCAGGAGGACACCUUCGCGACCGACUCUCUCAACUACAUUCUAUCACUGCUCAGCUCUUUCGACAGCCAUGGCUUCCGCCUCCUGACCUCGUUCGCCGUCUCCAACCACGCACGUUCAAAGGAUCUCUGGAUCUUCACCGGCGCGUCAGACCCUACACAACUCGACACUCCCCCGACCACAGAUGGCUCCUCUGCCUCCAGUUCUCAGCCCAACCUUCUACCCAUUCACCAGCGACGUAGGAGUAAUAGUGUGCCCGAAGAGCCCACGCAGGCCCCUUCCGCGUUCCCACGGCCAGCCAUAGGCGGACAUCGUAGAAGCGCCAGUCAAGGCAGCCAUGGGCGGAACUCUCCUCAACGAACCGCAACCGUUCUGCGCAAAGCUGGCCCUCGCGCGCAAGUUCCUAUAUCUGCGCUCACGGCGAACGCGGAUACCGAAACUGUGGCAACAGCGACGAGAUUACAGCGCCCCGACGCGGACACCGCAGUGCGGGCCCAGUUACCGAGCACUGUGGAGGAUGAAGUGGACAUGACUGGCAUUGGCGCAAGGGGUCGUGCACGGGAAGGCGCGCCAACUUUCCCGGCGCCUCCGCACCUGGAGAGCAAACAGCCUUCGCCUAGCCCCGCCAUCUUUUAUCAGACUGCGGCGCCAGCCCACAACCCAUAUUUCCCUCGUCUGAGCCAGAUUCCACCCCCUCCAUCACAAUCUGUGCAACCUUCCACGCCACCUUUAUCUGCUGGCCCCCCACAGACGACCAGCCCACCCCGCAAUGCGCAUGCACCACCUCCCAAGUUCGUGAUUGGUGGCCCAGCGGGUGCGGAUACGUUCAAGUCGAUACCCCCACCUCCUCCACUGCCAGCACGGUCGACAGAGGAAGCGACCGCGUGGGCUUCAACUGAACAAGCUUCGACACUUCGGCCUCCUCCACCACGACCGACGGAGUCAGAGACAUCCAGUGGCGUCACUCCGCCUCUACUAAGCCCAACCACCUUCCGCGAUACGCACGGCACUGAGUCCUUCCGGGACUCCGCCCUUAGUAUGGGUGAUUCGGAUGCAGCAAUGGUACCCAUUACCUGGUCGGACUCGAGCAAAGAGCCACGCCAGGCGCGUCCACGCUCGCCUGUGCUUCCUGGAGCAUGGCUCUCGCCAGAGGACGAGGUACCGGAAGACGAAGAUGAAGAGCCGCAUGGUAGCCUCGAGUUCCAUCCUCGCCGCCACGACGAUAUCACACCAGAUCGCCAAAUCGUCAACGUUGGCGUGCACGAGAUCAUCCAUGAGGAACAGCGCAAGAGUGCGUCUGCCGAGCACGGUCAGAUUCAGCACGAGCAGCCACCACCGCUCCCGACUCCGACAUUGGCAGCAGGCGUCGGCGAGCGCAAUGCCGAUAAGCCGCAAGACAAGGGUGAAGGGUGGGUGUUGGUGAAUGUCAAUCAGCCUCCUGGCGCUCCUGCAUCGCCUUCUGCGCAGAGCCCGCCCAGUAAGCUGGGGACUCGACCAAGGGGAGAUUCGCGUGCACAUCCUUACGACUCGCGCAACGUCAGUCUCAGUGGGAACCGUCCCGAAGACCUGCCUACAAGCUCGGCAACGAUGGCGGCACAACCCCUCGGCGAAGGGCCUCAGGGUCAGGCUAACGGCGGGUCGGCCGGCAGUAGCAGCACUGAUACUAGCUCGCCACCGGAGGCAGACGUUCCACGCUCACCAAUCGGCAAGAAGGUCACUAUCGCGGAACCCGACGGGCCGGAUGGCGAGCGCGGUACGGGACACUCUUCGAUCAAGAGAAUCUUCUCGACGAGUAAGAAGAGUCGCGAGGGAGGUGUGCGUGGCAAGUCGAAGAGUUUCGAGCAGGAGGAGCGUGAUACGGAGGCGGAGAGCAGCGAUAACGAGGCCAGCCCUGAAACCAAGCGUCGUAUUGGACUUCGUGAACGUUGGCGUCGUCGUGGCGUACAGGAGGUGACGAAGGCAGAGACGCGCAAAUCUGUGGAUUGA